UCGCAAGUACCUAUACUAACUACUGUUGUGUUGACAUUUUUAAUCAACUUGCAAUGUGCCGUGUGUUUUUACUCAAUACCCUUUUAAUAAUAUAUUUUAAUUUAUACUGUCUCAAUAAAGGUCUGUCAUGUGGAAUACGCAAAGGUUCACCUGUACACGAAAAAAUUAUUGGAGGCUACGACGUGGGAUAUUACAAAUACGCAUGGUUUGCAUCUCUAAUGUCUAAUCAUGAAGUAGUUUGCGGAGCAUCCUUAAUUAGCUUGAAAACCUUGCUGACGGCUGCACAUUGCUUUAAGUCAUAUUUCAAAAACAUAAUAAAUGGUGACAUGAAAAUAGAAAAGAUAUUCAAGAUCAGAAUGGGCACACACAAUAACUGCAAAAAGCAAACCGAUCAAAAGCAUUUUCGUUGUUCAAAAAUCUACAUUCACGAAAAUUAUUUCGAAGAAAUGCCUUAUUUUGAUAUUGCUUUAAUUAAUAUUGUGGGAGAAGCUACAAAUUUCAUUCCAGUGUGUUUACCAUCAACAGAAUUGAACAGUGCAUCGAGAGGUAGGGAAGGACUUAUUCACGGUUUUGGCAGAAUCUAUCCCAAGAAUGACACUAUUCCUUGCCAACUGCAAGAAGCUCGUCUAUUAAUCUUUUCAGAUUACAAAUGUCGCAGUAUGUUGGAGCGCAACGAACAUAAUGGAAGUGAACUGCAACACGCAUUUUGCGCGGGGUACUUGGAUGGAAGAGUGGAUGCUUGCUUGGGAGACAGUGGCGGACCAUUUGUCGUUGUGAACGAAAAAGGAUUAUAUGUUCAACAAGGAAUAACUUCAUUUGGGUUUGGAUGUGCACAAAAGAAUAACCUCGGCGUAUACACUGAUGUUUCUCAUUUUUUGGAUUGGAUUUCUCAAAAAUCAGACAAUGGUGAAAAUUUGUCAGCUACCACACCCAUCGGAAACGGAUCAAACAGCGAAGAUAAUUCAAUAGAAAGCGACGAAGAAGACGAUUCCACGGGAGCUGAUAUUUGGAGAAACGUAUUAUCCUUAUUUUACCGACCAAGCAAACGUAAAAUCAACCCCAAUAAAUCAAUACGUUUACGACAAAACCUUCGUCGGAAUCUGAAGGCACGCCUGUUAAAAAAACGAACAGCAGGAUUCAAAGGUUAA